CGACACUGACGUGGCAUCAGUCCAUAUAUCCGGAAAUAUGCUUUCAUUGCUUUACUUUACAUAGAAACUCAUAUGGGUUCUCUGUCAGCCACAAAAUGGAGUUUUCUCAGUCAAAUAUACCGUCUGCGCAGGAUCUCCUGCGUUCCGGGGGGCUGUUUGUUCCAUUUUCCGAGUUUCCGGUCCAGACCAUCUACGAGACCACUGGCUGGUUUGAAAGAAAGCUACAGGAAGGGAAGCCGUUCGUGAUUCGUGGAUUAAACCAGCUUGAUUGCUGGGAUGCACCAACUUUGAACAAUGGGUGCUUGGUUACAUCGUCUUCCUCGGGAGCUAUACCAGUAAGAAACUGCCAAACUGGUCGUGACGUUAGGAUGCGGCUGCGUGAUCUGAUACCGACGGACCACACUCGUGCUGGUCACGUCCGUGAAUCGCUCUAUGCAAAGGACCUUCAAUGCCCUGCCGAGUGGAUCAGAGCGUUAAAAGCUGUCUUACCUUCCUGUUUAAUGCAACUAGGCUCGUUCGACUUAUUCCGAGUAUUACCAAAUGAAAUCACCCCGGAAGUGUUGAUGGCUUACGUUGGAACCCGGUUGUCCUUGUCCGGUUUCCACAGAUGUUUUAGUGGAACAGUUGCACUUAAUUUAAUGGUUGAGUCUGAAGGGAGCCGAUAUGGUUCACUGUGCUUUGGCACAGACCAAGCCUCACAGGAAAAGUACGACUUGUUUAUGGAAGGACUUGGAAAGUCGUCCCACACUGAUUGGGCCAAUAUCUCCAUUGCGCAAAUGAAGACUGCAAAUUUUCCAAUAUAUGUCACUCAUCAAGAGCCUGGGGACUUGGUCAUAUUUCCUUCGGCAACUGCUCAUCAAAUAUGGAAUGUGAGCUCCAUGGUGACGAAGGUGGUUUGGAACAUCAUGCAUGCAUCCUCAAUUCCAUCAUUUUUUAAUUAUAUUCAGCCUGUAUAUCAAAAGCAAUGCCAUGCAGAUACAGGCAGAGUUCCCUUGAUACCAAUACAUGCACUACGCGACAGCAGCCACAACCCAGAAGAGACGAAACUGCUUGUAGAUAUGCUUCAGCAGCUAGUCGACGACGAGGAUACUGGGUGCGACUCAUCUGUGCCUAUUAAACUUGUGGAUACACAAGGAGCUGUGGUGGAAUGUAACUUUUGCGGAUUAACGAUCUGGAACCGACACUUACAUUGCGAACAGUGUGGAGAUUUUGACCUCUGUUUAACCUGUUACGUAUCCGGAAGGAGUUGCAAGCAUGUUGGUGACUAUACUUGGGCUGAGCUAUUCCGGAGCGAAUAUUGCCGAAGUCUUAUCAAAACAGCUCGAGAUAGAUUAGGCAGCUAUUCCGCCUCAGACAUAGGACGACCGAAACAAAAGACUUUAGGUGCCAUAGCUCUGGUGGCAGUGGAGGCGCGACGACAAUCCUCAGAACGUCUCUGUCAUCUCUGCCGUGACAGUCACCCUGUCUGGAAGGGAACCACAUGCUCCCAAUGCUCGGCUUUCUUCUGCUAUCGUGGUCUAUACAGGCACUUUGAUAUUAAUCUCCUUGGGUUCCUCAGGAAUGAGAUCCCGUGGGUUUGCCCGAAAUGCUCGCAAAUAUGUAAUUGCCGUUGUUGCCAUUUCUCUCGCCCUUACCAGAGCAAGGAUAAGCCCAUCCGAGUUCGGAUUAAACCUGUUGAUCCACGAGGUCGCAUCGCCGGCUUCGUGGACAACGUAUUUGACCAAAAGAGAGGCAAGAGAGCUGUCACUAUUACACAAAGAGCAUCACCACAGAGUACUUUGGAGCCUCGGGGUCAGAAACGACCUAGGACGCCAAACAAUGAUGGUCACGGAAGGUCGCUACACGAAGCUGUACACUCCUCUGAGAGUGUUGAACCCUCUCAGGUUAGGAGGUCGGAUAUCGUUACAGAUGUCGAUGUUCCCCACAGCCUUCCCAUGCGCGGUAGUUCGACAGGGUCUUUCAAUUCAAAAGGGCAGCUCCGCAUCAGUGAUCUCGUGGAGGACAGAAGCUCCCCGGACAAAAGUUUUCAUCGCAGUCCACAUAUACAAGAUCAUAUCCGACUCUCUUCCACGCCAGAUAAUACUGCAUACCGAUAUCCUCAUGAGCCCAAAAAUCACAAUGAAAGUAUUCUGAAUCCCAUUGAUGAGGAAAACAUCCUCUCUCUUGAGAAGAAGCUAAGCUCUCUGCGCCAAUAUGCCGACGGCCUGCUUGAGCUGUCACUAAUCGAUUCGCAUGCUAAAGUCCUUGACAAGAUUUCAAGCUUAGAAGCUCAAAUUGAGAGGAAAAGGCGACAGAAGGCCGAAUUGCUUUUCAAUGGCUUGAACCGGGAUUUUCCUGACUUGGCAGAUAUAGCUAUGGAAGAGGCGCGACGGCGUGGGUUAUGAGAGAGACCACCCUGUUUUGUUUCCUUAUGUUAAC